GCAAGCUGGGCCCAAGAGUGAUAGCACGCGCACGCGCUCCCUUGACCUACCGGCAUCGUGUUUUUCCCCUUCCCGAAUUUCUCUCCCCCCUUCCCAUUUCCGGUGGUGAUCUGCCUCCGACGACCGGAACCACGUCAAGCGUUUGACGCUCUCAUCUUCUACCCUCUACGCUAGAUCGAAUCACUCUUUCUACCUGGAUCAGGCCUCACGGAGUAGCGGAGGAGGAGGAACGGCGGGGCCUUGGAGAGAGGGCUGGGCGCUUCCGACGGCGGCGGAGACAGAGCCGUGCCUGCCGGCUGCAGAGACGAUUGGGCGUGGAGGUGAGGCGUAGACCUGGCCCAUUCUAGGUCCGGCCGAGGGCAGCAAUUUGGGGGACAGCAGCGCACAGUUGCAGAGUUUCGGUGAACACAAGUGAUUCAAAAGACCAAGUAAGAAGUCUUGUGGAGCAUACGCUAAAUUGUCAGCAGAAGGGUCAAAGCCUAUGAUUGUAACAGCAUGAACCGAGCUGGAAACCUGAUUUACUCAUUGCCCAGGAAGAACUGGUGAAGCCAUCCAAGCGUAUUUGGUUAUUGAUUCCAUUAUAUUGCAGCACAGUAUGUACUUCCGCUGGGCGAUAAAGUUGACCUGGUAGAAUGAGAAGGAAUUAAAGAACUGUUUCAAUGAACAUCCUACUAGACCUUAAGCAUCUCAAGCACAUUAGCUUGCCGGCGAGGCUUAUUAUUUGCAAGUGCCUUCUCAUAGUGAUUGGCCUUAUUGUAUUGAGAGCAAUUAUCUCCCCUUUUCUUGCCAUUAGCUUGUCUGAGAAGAGUUUUUAUGAGUCACCAACCCUUGACUUGUUCCCUGGAGUUAGGAAAGGCAAGUUUGUUGAGGUCCCACAGAUUAUAUGGGGAUUGAACAAUCAGAAGAUUGCAUUUGCCAGAGCAUGCUUGACGGCAAGAUUCCUGAACCGUUCUCUACUCAUGCCAAGUCUGAGUGCUUCGCUUUUCUACAAAGAGGUUGACUUGCUGCAGCCUAUUGCUUUCGACAAGGUAUUUGACCUUAAUAAGUUCAAUGCCCAUUGUCAUGGGUUUGUAAGGGUAGCUCGGUAUUCAGAAGUUUCGAAUCGUACCGAGCCUUUCAAACUUCAAAAGGGCAGUGGUAGGAGGUGGACAGUGGAGAGAGACUUGGAUCAACUGCAGCAAUCCAGAUUGGGGGAGGCCGAUGGCUUUGAAGUGAUUCAUGUCACUGGGAAGCAUCCAUUUCUAUGGCCUGACCAUUGGCCAGUGAAAGACUAUGCCAGGAUCUUCGAUUGCCUUGCUGUAGCUCCUGAGAUAGAAACUGAAGUUGUCAGGGUCGUAUCGAAGAUUAAAGAUGCAGGGAAAAAAGCAAGGCAUGAUGCUGCCAUUUCUCAUAAUAAGAAGAGGAUAGAUAGUUUGACAAAUCUUCCUGUGCAGUACAUUGCUGUUCACAUGAGAAUAGAGAAAGAUUGGAUGAUCCAUUGCAAGAAGUGGGAGCAGCGGUCCAAUUUAAAGGAAAUCUGUAGCAGCAAAGGAGAGAUCAUUCAUAAGGUCUCACAGAUCACUGACCUACGUCGCCCGCUUGUAGUUUAUCUUGCAGUAGCUGACAGCCUUCUAGAAGACGAUUCAGUAACCAGUGGUUGGAGAGUUGGUAUGGUUGCUUAUGAGAAGAAGAAACUUGGAGUUACUGACAUAUAUGAUAGGCAGCCUUACCUUAUAAAGUCUGCCAUUGACUUUGAGGUAUGUGCAAGAGCGGAUGUGUUUGUUGGCAAUAGUUUCUCGACAUUUUCCAACCUUGUAGUGUUGUCCAGAACAGAAAGGCUAUAUAAAUUAGGGAAGGCAAGCUCAUGUGGUGAGGAUGUUGGGCUGUCGUCCUAUGCAUACAAUGUCAUCGGAGAUGAUGGUGGGCCACAGAAAUGGAUGACAGAUAUGUUGGACACAAGUCUUCAGCGCAUAAGUUAUGGAACGAAUAACAUCUCCUGCCACUGAUCUUUUAACACACUAGCAUCUGACCGAAAUACAACCGUGGACAGGAAGAUAGUUUUUAUGGCUGAAUCUUGUCAAGAGACGAGCAGGUGCAGCAGCUCGACGGUACUUUCCAUGUUAGAAUCUAGACAAGUCGAUCUGGCAUGUCACACUUCUGAAAUGACUUUGGCCAAGAAUUCCUUGUGUGUUCUGUGAGUGUGUACAAAAGUUGUUUCCUGAGCAGCAUUGUGCUGAACAGUUUUUAGUUUGCAGAGCUAAACGUUAUGUCAUGCAUUGUUUGCAUUCUGUGGUUCACUGGGAGGAGCUUGAUUCACACUGUUGAGAAUCUGACGCUGUCACUUUCACAUGAAACAUUUGUAUCAAGUGUAUUCGUUCGUUUAUGCUGUUAAAACUCUUGAUUCUGUAGCACCUUGUAAUUUCCUUGAGAAAGAUACUUUGGAUAUGUUCCUUCUCAACAAAAUGCUCAGUUGGUGUAA